AUGAACUCCUACCCUGGGGAUGCGCAUCUAAUGUCGAUCGACCCCAUCAAGGCCGAGCGCCUCGAGCAGCGACUCACUGCCAGCAACAGCACCACCAAUCUGCUAAUGGGAGGCGCAAAUGGUGCCGCAUCGAGCGAACCCCCCAGACCUUCAUUGCUCAAUACCCCAAACAUCACACUGGAAGAAGAGGAAGUGUCUGAUCAGGAGGAGAGACUGUGCCGACCUGACGAAGAGGACGGUCUUUCAAACUCGCGCAAGACUGCUAGUAACGAUGGGCUCAACUUUGGGAAGGGCACCAAGCGCAAAACCUCCCGCAGGUUCUCCGAACAAGAAGACAAAAAUCUGAUGGAUGGCUACGACCACUUCGGUAACGACUGGGAGAAGAUUAUAUCAUGGAGCAAGCUGGACCGAACCGUGGAGCAAGUCAAGCGUCGCUACACGCGCAUCAAGUUCCGCCACCCUGCUGCCGAGAAGCGGUCCGAUGACGAGCCCAUCAUGCUCACCAGCACCGCCAGCACUCCCUCUGCGACCUCCUCGCCCCUCGUCAAGUCUGAAGGGGAAGAGCCGCCAAGAAAGAUGCAAAAGACCUUCCACACCCCUCCGCCAGCUCCGACGGCCGAGGGUGCCCAAUCCGAUACGGCCGAGCAGCAGAGGAAGGCGUGGGAGGAGAUCAAAGCGCAGCAGGAACAGCUCAAGGCGGAGGAGAAGCGCCUGGCCCAACUGCAGAGCAACGUCAAGGAGCGCGAACAGGGACUCCAGAGGCGCGAGCAACAGCUGCAGAAAUACGAAGAGACUCUGCAGACCAAGUUGCGCCACACCUUGCAGUCGCUGCUCGUAGAGCAGGCGGACAGGGAAAGAGACGACGCGAGGAACAGGGUCAUGCUGGAUUGUACUCGGCUUGGGCAACUGAUCUGGGAAAGGAAUUCGUUGAGCGAGUUCCACGAGACGUGGCGAGAGGGCAGCGCGUUUCGAUCGUUGAAAAAGAAGAAGGACGCCAUCGCACAGGAGAAGGUGGCCAUCGAAGAACAAAAGAAGAGGAUGAAGAAAUCCAAAGCCAAAACAACGAGUCCUAACCGUGACAACGAAGCAGAUAAAGAAAAGGACGCAGAGAGCGAAGAAACCUCACACCAAGAAGAGAUCUUCCGUCUGAGGCUACAGGGCUUGAAGAAGGAGGAAGCCGACCUCGAGGAACAGUACAGCAAUCUUCUCCUCGACAAGAAGCUCCACCUCAGGGAGCUGAAGCGAGUCAGCGACGAGGACAACUCCCGCUUCAGCUCUCACCCAAUACUGCACAACCGCUACCUUCUCCUCAAUCUGCUGGGCAAGGGCGGGUUCAGCGAAGUCUACAAGGCGUUCGACCUUCAGAAAAAGGCCAACUACACCAAGCAUGCCGUCCGCGAGUACAACAUUCACAAGGACCUCGUGCACCCGCGCGUCGUCCAGCUCUUCGACGAUGUAUAUCUGAAGACGCGAACGAAGCUUCUGGAGAGGGAGGCCAAGCUCAUCAUCCUGCAGAUAUGCGACGGUCUCAAGUACCUCAACGAGCAGAAGCGGCCCGUCAUUCACUACGACCUCAAACCGGGCAACAUCCUCUUUUCCAACGGCGGAGAAGAUGGGACGUCGAUGGAGCUCACGUCGCAGGGCGCCGGAACCUACUGGUACCUGCCGCCCGAGUGCUUCGAGAUCGGCAAAGCGCCUCCCAAGAUCUCGUCGAAGGUCGACGUGUGGUCGGUGGGCGUCAUAUUCUAUCAGCUCCUCUACGGCAAGAAGCCGUUCGGCAACAACUGUUCACAGCAGAAGCUUCUCGUAGAUCAGAUCAUCACCAAGGCCACGGAGGUGGAGUUCCCCGCCAAGCCACAGAUAUCGCCAAAGGGCAAGGCGUUCAUCAAGCGAUGUCUCACGCCUCACCAGUCCGAGCGACCCGACGUGCUCACCGUCUGCGAGGACGCCUACCUGAAGGAGAAGUCCACCAAGUAG